AUGAUUCUUCGAUUCCAGACGGUGGCUUUCCUCCUGGCCGUUAUAUCGUCCGCAAACGGUCUUCAGGCUUCUGAUAUACCGCCUGACACCCCAGUCUCCUCUCUGCUCUCCUCCGCAAAAACGCAUCUUGCCAACGGCUCCCCUAAGGAUGCGCUCCUCUACUUCGACGCCGCCAUUACAAAGGAUCCGUCCAACUACUUGACUAUCUUCCAGCGAGGAGCAGCCUACCUCUCCCUUGGAAGACACUCUCGUGCUGCAGAAGAUUUCAACCAGGUUCUCAAGCUCAAGCCAGGCUUCGAGGGCGCACUUCUGCAGCGUGGAAAGCUACGCAUGCGUUCUGGAAACUGGACGGGGGCUAAGGAGGAUCUUGAGGCUACGGGGAAACCAGGGGAGGCCGAGUUAGCUCAGCUGCACGAAGCUCAGGCUGCAGUUGCUCAUGCGGAGGAGGCGGAUAAGAAACAAGACUGGGCCACCUGUGUCUCUCAGUCGAGUGUUGCAAUUAUGAAGGCGAUGGGUUCUGCUGAGCUUCGACGGCUACGAGCAAAGUGUUAUCUUGAGAGAGGAGACAUUCAAGAAGCUAUUAACGAUCUCACACGUCUCACCCAACUAUCUCCAAACGUCGUUCAGCCUCACCUCCAGAUUUCGGCAAUGCUCUUCUACUCACAAGCAGACACGGAGCGUGGAAUGGACCAGAUUCGAAAAUGUCUUCACUCUGAUCCCGAUUCCAAGGUUUGCAGCCGUUUGUUCAGGGGGGAGAAGAGAAAUUCGAAGCAGAUCAAAAAUCUCAACAAAUAUUUGGAAACUCGCAAGUUCCACAAGGCUGUUGAGUUGUUGGUAGGGACCAAAGACGAAGCCGGGUUGCUAGAGGAUAUCCAACAGGAUGUCAAGUCAGCCCAAGAAGACGGAUAUAUUCACCCCAAAGCGCCCAACAGUCUCUAUGAAUCCUUGGUUGAGAAAACGUGUGAGGCAUACAGGGCUAUGAAUUCCAAACGAAAAGCGCGACCAUACUGUAGUCAAUGUCUUGAAUUCAAUCCCUCUUCGCUUCACGGCCUCCUAUCGAAGGCUGAGGAGCAUAUCGAUGCCGAGCAAUACGAAGCAGCUAUUCAAACACUUAACACUGCCAGUGAACACCACUCUCACUCGCAGGAUAUCCAUACCCUUCAGCAAAAGGCCCAGACCCUUCUAAAACGAUCAAAACAAAAGGAUUAUUACAAAGUCUUAGGCGUUGAUCGCGAGGCAGACGAGGCCACGAUUAAACGAGCUUAUCGUAAGCUCACGAAGCAAUAUCACCCUGACAAAGUCCACAGCCAGGGUAUCCCCAAGGAAGAGGCCGAGAAGAAGAUGGCAAGCAUUAACGAAGCCUACGAGGUCCUCUCUGACGCCGAACUAAGGAACAGAUUUGACCAUGGUGAUGACCCUAAUGAUCCUCAGGGCGGCCAACCGCAUUUCAACCCCUUUGGACCCGGAGGGGGAGGUUCUCCAUUCUUCUUCCAGCAGGGUGGAAGCCCUCACUUCAAAUUCGCACAAGGGGGCUUCGAUUUCCAAGGCGGUUUCCCCUUCUAA